UAUAACAGCCGUCUCCCAGUUGCAACUUUCCUUUGAAACUCAAAACAAUCACCAGGCCACAUACAUUUACAAGACAUCAGUCUAAUUUCCUCACAUGUACGGUUCCCCAACUACCAUUAUUUUUUUUUUUUCCGAAGCUCAAGACGAAGCGCGUCGUUGGGCAUAAGCGUUCGUCCGAGCAAUAAAUCGGUAUAGGAAUGCGUGAGAAGAGUCAUACACUUACAAUACACACUAGUAGCUAUAAACAAAAUGUCACAAAGCACCUUCAGCAACACGCAGACUGGCGGUCAGCCUGCCGAUCCCUACAAGGCCAAAAACAUUGAAGAAGUCCCCUUGAAGGAAAAGGUGGAGGAUUUAGUCGCUUUUGCCAAGCACUGCAAGUUCGGCAUGAUGACCACGAAUAGCCACGGCUUCCUUGUUUCUCGUUGUAUGGCUUUGGCUGACACUGAGGGUGGUGGCGUUGAUCUCAUUUUCCACACCAACACAGAGUCUGGCAAGACCGACGAACUGCAUUUAGAUCCCAAAACUAACAUCUCAUUCUUGAACCCUACCGGAGAAUGGGCCUCUAUUUCUGGCGAAGCCUCCAUUGUUACUGAUCGCGCCACGGUUCAAAAGUAUUAUUCCGAGACUCUUAAGGCUUGGCUUGGAGAUCUCGGUGACGGUGUUCACGAUGGCGGCCCAGAGGAUCCUAGAAUUGGAAUCAUCAAAGUUAAGGCCCACACCGUCACCUACUGCAUAUCAAGAAAGGGAAUUAUUGGCAGCAGCAUUGAAUUCGCCAAAGGUCUUGUGAAGGGUGACGUUCCAGUCAUCAACAAAAUUAGAGAAAUUAGUGUUGAGGAGCUUCAGCAAUGGAGACAAACUUCCGGGCAGUAA